UGAAAACUCUCUCCACCCCUGUGUAUUUGUAUGUCAAUAUUAUGUCCGUUGUUGUAUGUUCUGCCUAGAAACCUACGUGUUUGGAUAAUGUUUCAGAGAAAGUAGCCAACUCUUUCAUCAAAGGUAACUGUAAUUUUGGAAUUAAGACAGCCACUCGUGCACUAUGUCUUAACAUCCUAAGUGGAUGUGGGCAAGCUAUUUCUACUACACAUUGAAACACUGGAACGACCGCUUCACAACUUAAAGAUAUGGAUGUACGUAUCCACCAAGACAACAAGUUUUAACAAAAAGAAAUUAAGACAAGAUUUCACUCAUGGAGGUGGAAGAUGUCGAAUAUGAUCCUGCCACACAAGUAUCUAAACCAGACAACACUGAACCAGUUCCUGGACUAGCUCGAAACCCCUCGUCAGUCAACAAGAAAGACGCUAAGAAGAACACCACAGACAGCAAGAUAAUCACAGUCCAGACAAAAAACACAAAUGAUGCCCAAAAUAAAACCAAGAAAGACAUUAUACGGCAACCAGUCCAAAAAGGGAUCCAGAUGGCCGGGGACUUCUUCGGCCGAAUGGCCACGCUAAUCGUGAUGGUGGUGACAACAAUAAACACAACAAUAGUCUGCGUCAAUGACCUGACAAAUGGCAAUUACUGGUCAGGUGGAUUGCACGCCUUUCUCCUUGCUUUUAUUCACAUUCCUGUCAUUGUCAUCAUGAUCUGGCUCAUGGUCAAAGCAAAGGUGCAAUCUAUUUAUAGAAAAAUACGACCAGGAAAAGUGAACGAAACUAUUAUUGUGACGGAGAUCAAUGAAUUGGACGGUCAAAUCACUGAAGUCCAGAAAGAAAUUCCAAAGGAACAGAAGUCGAAAGUUGAUAAAGCUACGACAUUACUGCGAAAAGGGGAACAACUGGGUAAAACAUUGGAAGGUGGACAGAUCAACAAAGCUUUUGGAUGACAAAAAUUGUGUAUACCUUUUUUACAAUGUUAAUAUAAUUUAUAUAUCAAAAGUGAGUGUGUGUUUGUGUGCGUAUGUACUAGGGAGAGAAAGAGAGAGAUAAUAUUAAAAUUCUAACGACUAACGGUCAAACAUGUAUGUUGAGUGACAUGCCAUCCGUAUUACGCCCUGCAAAUAUAGGCUUAUAAUAAAGAGACCCAUAUACGAUUCUAAAAGAAGUAACUCAACAUGAUCUCAGGUCUGAAAGGGGAACCAUUUUUCUUUACUUUAACUCAGCAUAUUUGAUAUGCUUAUUAGUGUUCAAGAAUUCAAUAUUUCUCAAUUCUUUUUUUCUGAUUAAUGUAAAACUAAUUCUAAUAAUGAUUUGUUAUAAUGCGCAUGAGGUUGUGAGCUAUUUGCAAGAACCGAAGUCACUAUUUGUUUAAUUUUGACCAAAUUUAUUAGAGUUUAAUACAACAUAAUACUUGCAUAUAACAGAUGCAUACGAAAAUGCUCAUAGGCCUAUUAUAUGUGUCUAUAUUUGUGAAAUAUAGCCUUUAUAAAUGAGAUAUGUAGGCCUAGAAUAUCGUGUAACCCUAUAUAUACAUGAAAUAUAACGGGAGAAAAUGGAAACAUGAAAACAAUUAUUAAUUGUGACAUUAUUUAGAGGUUCCAUAAUUCCUACAUAAAUAUCUACUUUUUGUUAAUGAUGUCAAUUUUUUGUUUAUUCUGUGAUAUUUUUUCCAUAUAUGUAAUAUCAGUGAUAUCAUAACAAAGUCUUUCAUUUUUUUAAAUAACAGUAACAAUGAUAAGCCUCAGUUUCUGGUUUCUUUCAAUUCUCUUCUGUUAAGAGCAAAAUACAUAAAUCUGAGCAUUUUACAAUCUAUACAUAUGAAAAUGCCACUGAAAUAGUCAAAGUGUUUCAAAAUCUGUAAACAAUUUAUAGCAGUUUUUAGUAGCAUGGGCUUUUAGACUUUCAUUUAAACAUAUACAUAUAUAUGUGUAUAUGUUUAUUGUAGCUCCUUUAUCAAGAGUAUUAUGCUUUGAGAGAGUUUCUUAUAAUGUGGUAGGCCUGCAACAGUAGGCCCAAUAUUCUUUUAUAUGCACACAUAAUUUUUCCUCUUCUCUGGGGGGGGGGGAUAUAGAAUGUAAAGAUAUAAUCAGGACUCUUAAGGUAACUUUGACUUUGGUGUCGUCUUUCCAUCGGCUGACAAUGACAAUUAUUUUUUUUAUAUAUUAGUUUCCAUAGACAUUCGCUUUCCAAACUUUUGUUAACAUCAUCUUUAUUGUUGUCUUAUUAUUACAGUUGUCAUUAUCACACACACAUGUCAGUCAUUGAUUAACAUGCAUGACUAAAUUGACCUAGAGACACUCGUAGGGCGUAAUGUUUUUUUAAGUACUGUCUCACGUCUGUAUUUAUAAUAAGAUAAUAAACACACAGACACAUACAUAUUUAUAGACAUACGUUCACAAUGCAUAUCUAUUUAUUUAUUAGGGUAGCAAUUAAUGCCUAACAAAGACAUACUAAGGGUUAGAUGCUGCCAAUGGACUAGAUACUCUCGUGAAAACUGUUAUUGUUAUUUAAGUAUUGUUUUGUGUAAAUAGCUAGAAUCUAAUAAAUGAUAAUUAAAGCUAUAAUUUCAUAAAAUAA